AUGCCCUCAUCACCAAACGAGUCAAAGACUCUGUCUGACUACCUUGGAAUAGAGGAGGCAGUGGACUAUGGAAGCGAUACCAGUGUCCACGGCGAUGCAGGGACAAUAUCCGACUCACCGAUGCCUGAGGCACAACCUUCAUACACCCCAAAUCUGUUCUCUGAACGUGGAGAUGUGAGCGCGCCACUAGCGCAGCGUUCAGCAUCUGGUUCUGAUGAAAAUAUCAUCACAAACCCGCUCGAUGAGCAACAACAAAUGCUUGUCCAACAAGAAGAAAACGCUCAGCGUCAUGUACAAAUGGCUGCAACCCUUGAACGCCAGUGUGACUAUGUGUUCACUCCACCCAGUGUGGAGGAACGUUUACGUCAAGCGGCCGGCCAAACAUUGGCAACGUGGGUCAUUGGCCAUGGACUUAAGACUCCUGAGGAGGUGGUGAGCUUCCAGGCACUUCGUGAGAGGUAA